GUAUCCAAGCUUUGCGCAACUCCUCCGCCGCACUUCAACGACCUGCCACUGACCCCCGGUGUAGCUGCAAUUGGGUCCCACCAACAACUCUCUACUCGCUCAAUAUGCUGGCUGCUCGUUCUUUCGCCUCGCCCGCGCGCCAAUGCCUGCGCCAGGCCAACCGCUCAAGAUGGGCGCCCGCACUGUCCCAGGUCUCCGCCCGCACAUACGCCUCUGAGGUCGCCAAGUUCCACGGCACAAAGGGUAGCGAUGGCAAGUACUGCGUCACCCUGAUUGAGGGUGACGGUAUCGGCCCCGAAAUCGCGCAGUCGGUUAAGGACAUCUACUCGGCCGCCAACGUGCCCAUCAAGUGGGAGUCAGUCGACGUCACCCCGCGCCUGAACGAGGAGGGCAAGACGGUCAUCCCCGACGAGUCAAUUGCUAGCGUCAAGAAGAACCUCGUCGCUCUCAAGGGCCCGCUGGCCACACCCAUUGGCAAGGGCCACGUCUCGCUCAACCUCACCCUUCGCCGUACCUUCAACCUCUUCGCCAACGUCCGUCCCUGCAGGUCCAUUGCUGGCUACAAGACGCCCUACGACGACGUUGACACCGUCCUGAUCCGCGAGAACACUGAGGGCGAGUACUCUGGUAUUGAGCACAUUGUGGUAGAUGGCGUCGUACAGAGCAUCAAGCUCAUCACCCGCGAGGCCUCUGAGCGCGUCCUGCGAUACGCCUUCCAGCACGCCCGCGACAUUGGCAGGAAGAAGGUCCGCGCCGUCCACAAGGCCACCAUCAUGAAGAUGUCCGACGGUCUCUUCCUCAGCACUGCCCGCGAGAUUUCCAAGGACUUCCCCGACAUUGAGUUUGACGCCGAGCUCCUCGACAACACUUGCUUGAAGAUGGUCACCGACCCUGUCCCCUACAACGACAAGGUGCUCGUCAUGCCCAACCUGUACGGAGACAUUCUCUCCGACAUGUGCGCUGGUCUCAUUGGUGGUCUCGGUCUGACUCCCUCUGGAAACAUUGGUGACAACUGCUCCAUCUUCGAGGCUGUCCACGGAUCCGCUCCCGACAUUGCUGGCAAGCAGCUUGCCAACCCCACCGCGCUUCUUCUCAGCUCCAUCAUGAUGCUGCGACACAUGGGCCUCAACAGCGAGGCCGCUAACAUUGAGCAGGCUAUCUUCAAGGUCCUUGCUGAGGGCAAGACCAUCACUGGUGACCUCGGCGGCAAGGCCAAGACCUUCGAGUACGCCGACGCCGUUAUCAAGGCGCUCAAGUAGAUUGGAAUAUGGAAUUGAUGAGCAUUGACACGACCGAAUGGUAGCCAUUGCAUAUCUGGAUAUGUACUAGUCCCUGUACUAUAGCUGCCAUUUAGCUAGAUACACGCCUAUACCACUUGAAGUUUGCAUAUUGAUAAGGUCA